GUCUAAAAUUAAAUGGCUGCCUUCAAGUGCGGCCUGGGAUCGAGGCUAUGCAGCUCUCUGCUCACUCUUGCAGCUACCAAUAGCUAGCGUUCUAGUGCAGAGCUAAUUACUAAGUAGAGUAGUAACACUCGGUGAACAAGUUUUGCUACGGACUCUUCUGAAAAGGCUGCAAUGGCAUUCCAAGUAAGCAAAACUAGGCAUAACUCGAGAACGAAGCAUUAUUUUGCAAAUCCACGAAUUAAAAUCCAAGUAAAUAUGACUAGAAGCCUAUAGAAACUCUUACUUGCACUUGAUUCAUCCUUGAGCAGCUGUAGCGGUCUACACACACAGACACACAGGCACACACACAGACACACAAACACACUACCGUAUACCUCGCUUGCGCAUGCGCACCGAGGCAUAAUAAAGCUAGAAUUUUGCGGGUGAAAAACUUUUGCGAAUGAGCCAAAUCAGCAGAAAAUUUGACCCUUUGCGAUCUAACUACAGUAGAACCUCGAUUAUCAGGAACCUCGAUUAUCCGGCUUGGCAGUUUUCUAGAUUACAUAAUUCAGAAAAUGGGUGUGUCCCUCAAAUGCGCAUGCGCGUUGCAGCUGUUACCAUGGAGACAUGCCUGCUUUUCUUUUGCGCAUGCGCAGACAACAUGUGGCACUGCUGUUCAUCAAUAAAGUGGGUGGAUCAAGGCGUGGUUUAUCUAUUUGAUUAUCCGGCAUAUUCACUUAUCCGGCCUGCUUCUGGAACCAAGGUGUCCGGAUAAUCGAGGUUCUACUGUAUUGUGUUCUGGCAAGGAUCGUGUGUAUUUACUAGUAAUAAUUUAUUGUUGCAGAUAUUAUUGAUCUACCAUCGCAAAGUUCGCAAAUGUUUGAUACUCGCAAAACAUUCUAGUAAUACGGUAGUAGAUUUGGCAUCUCCACCGAGGCAUCAGCACCUGUGGUGCUUUUAUUAUACUGACAUAGUGUUGCCCUCCACAGCCAUCUGCCCUGACCUCAUUGUCUCAGUGAAUGGUGUAGUCAACUAUAGUCCAGCUACCACUCCCAGACUAGAGGGAACCACGGUGACACAGAGCUGCCUGAAUGGAUACGUGCCCUCCACUACUACCAGAGUGUGUCUGACUACCAGAUCAUGGAGUGGAUCAGCUCUCACUUAUGAAGUGUCUUCUGUAUUCGUAUCCGUAUUCAUAGGAACCACCAAUGUUGCUAUGAACUCACAGGUUGCCAUAGAUACCAUCGGGGAGGAUAAUGAUCUUAGCACUUAUCUGCAGCACUAACAAAUCUCAGUGUUGUCGAAGAAGUGAUGGCCUUGCAGCCGGAGAGUGGAGGUUUCCAAGCGGAGAAGUUGUUCCCAGACGUACUGAUGUUGACACCUCUUUUCCCUUUGUCUCCACUCGUUUUACUGGGAUAGUACGACUUCAUCGUCAAGGGUCUGUGUCAGGCCCCACUGGGUCCUACUGCUGUGUGAUUCCUGAGAGUGCUGGAGUUGACACAACUUUCUGUGUGCAACUAGUAAUCUCUUGUGGCCCCCCACCCUCUAUUACCAAUGGAUCUCCUGGAACACCAACCAGCACAGUGAUCGGAGGAGAGGUGACCUACACCUGUUACACUGGAUUCAUUUUUUCUGAUUCACCUGUUGCAACUUGUCUAUCCACUGGCAAUUGGAGCAGCCCGCCGUCUUGUCAGACACCUCCUCCUGUCUACCUGUCCCUCUCCUCUACCACCUACCUGUCAGGGCUCUCUGAGAUCCCCCUAUCCUCCGUGGGAGAGGGGAGUGGUCUCAUUUGUCAUACUGACCUUGCCGACUGCUGUGAGGGUGACACGGAAGAUUGGUACUAUCCUAACGGCUCUGUUGUUAUGGAGGAUGGAGCGUUGUACAUUAGCAGAGGUCAGAUGAGUGUCAGUCUGAUGAUGAGUGGAACAGCUACUGCUCCUGGUGGUGUCUACUGCUGUGUGGUGCCUAACAGUGGAGGGAGGGACACAGCAUGUAUUGUGUUAGUCAAUAUAGCUUCUACUGAUGAGAGCUCCAUCUCUGCCAACACCAUUUUACCAUAUGCCAUUACAGCCUCUACUGAUGAGAGCUCCCCCUCCUCUGACAACACUGGUGCUGUGGUGGGAGGAGUGGUAGCCCUGGUAGUCGUGGUGGUGAUUGCAGUGACUAGCUGUAGUGAUGGUGACCUACCUAGUGCUCCGUUACAAGAGAGGAGGGAAGAUGACUGUUCCUUGUGAAAUUCCACUCGCUGACAAGGGUCAAAGUUCAGCCAAUACCAACGAUAAUGUCUCCACUAUUUAUGAGGAUAUGAUCAGCUACAAACAAAACGAUGCCUACGGGACGAUGAGUGGGUGUGAUAACACUGAGGCGGCUCCAACUUACGAUAACUGAACUGAAACAUGACUAAAGUUCUUAAUCAAAAUGUUGUAUUUUCAUCAGCCCCUCUAUUUUACAAAACACAAUCAUUAAUUUUUAGUUUCCCUUUUUGUACGGAUAAUUAUAACGAUAUAAACAUGCUCACA